UUUCAUUUCUCUCUCCUGCUUCCAGCGAUGGCAUCUGCUGAUCUGAGACAGGAGCUGCACUGUUCCAUCUGCCUGAGCAUUUAUACAGAUCCUGUAACCCUGAGAUGUGGCCACAACUUCUGCCGGGUCUGUAUUGAUCGUGUGCUGGAUACACAGGAGGGGGCUGGAGCUUAUAUCUGUCCUGACUGCAGAGCAGAGUGUCAGGAGCGUCCUGCACUGAUACGGAACAUUCCUCUGUGUAACAUAGUGGGGAGGUUCCUGUCUACUCGGCCAGAUCAGGAGGAGACUGGGAUCUUCUGCACGUACUGUGUGGACUCUCCUGUACCUGCUGCUAAAUCCUGUCUGCAUUGUGAGGCUUCUCUGUGUGAUGAUCACCUGAGAGUACACAGCAAGUCAGCAGCACACGUCUUAUCUGAUCCCAUCACUUACCUGGAGAACAGAAAAUGCGCCAUCCAUAAGGAGCUCUUUAGAUAUUAUUGCAGUGAGGACGCUGCCUGUAUUUGUGUGUCCUGCUGUCUGACUGGGGAACACAGAGGACAUCAAAAGGAGUUGUUGAAUGAGGCCUCUGAGAAGGAGAAGCUGAGGAGUGUUCUGCAAAAACUGACCACAAAGAGAGCGGAGACUGAGAAAAGAGUCCAGAGACUGCAGGAGCGCAGGAGAGAAGAUCAGGGAAAAGCAGCCGGUGUAACAGAGACAGUCACUGCCCUGUUCAGAGACAUCAGGAGACAGCUGGAAGACCUGGAGAAGAGAGUCCUGAGUGAGAUGUCCAGGCAGGAACAGCGCGUUUCACUCUCAGUCUCUGAUCUGAUCCAGCAGCUGGAAAUAAAGAAGGACGAGCUGUCUGGGAAGAUGCGUCACAUUGAGGAGCUGUGUAACAUGUCUGAUCCAGUGACUGUCUUACAGAAACCAGACACCGGGGACUUGUGUGAUACUGAGGACACAGAGAGACAUGAUACCCAGGUCCGUGGUGCAGGAGAUCUGAAUGUGGGUCUCAUCUCAGGGACAUUACACACAUUAUCUGAUAUAAUAACAGGUAUAAAUACAGGGAUUUAUGUGCAGGAAGCUACAGACCUAUUACUGGAUGUAACCACAGCUGCUAAUAAUAUACAGAUAUCAGGUGACAGGAAAACUGUAUUGUGCUCAGAUAUAGAAAAUAAACACCCAGUAACACCAGAGAGAUUUCAGUAUCCUCAGGUAAUAAGCACCAGGGGAUUCUCCUCAGGGCGACAUUACUGGGAGGUGGAUGUCAGCAAAUCAGUGAGGUGGAGGGUGGGGAUGUGUUACCCCAGUAUAUACAGGGGAGGAGGUCAGUCACUCAUUGGUCGUAAUAACAAGUCCUGGUGUCUGUGUAGGUAUAAUAAUCAGUUCUCAGUGCUACAUGACAGCAGAGAGAUCCAAUUACCUGGCAAUAUCCUCUGUGACAGAGUGAGGGUAUAUCUGGAUUAUGAGGCAGGACAGCUGUCCUUUUAUUCUCUGUGUGACCCCAUCAGACACUUACACACCUACACUGCCGUCCUCACUGAGCCCCUCCAUGCUGCAUUAUGGGUAGGGAGAGGUUGUAUUAUGUUAUCUCGGCGAGUCAGGGGAAAUUACCAUAAUGAUAUAAAUCUGCACAGAGACUGGUGGCGCCACAGGGAGGGAAACCCGAUUGAUUAACAAUGCUGAUCUCCUGUGUUAUUGUAGAUAUUAGAUUAACAGGUGCCCACUUUCCCAGAUUUGCCAUAUUGUUGGUGUGUUAAUGUGUGGCCAGCAGAAUUUGCAGAUGCAUAUAUGUUUAUGUGGGAUCUCCAGCAUUACAUCACAGGGGAAGAGCUGUCUACAACUCUCAGCAUCGCUCA